AUGGUCGGAUUUCAGCCCGGCGCCAUAUCUUUCCAGUCACCUGUGUUCAGUCCGAUGUCGGGUUACACGAAAUUUUCUUUUUUAGUUCUUCUCGUCUGUCACACACAAGGUAUUUCUUAGCUCAAUCACGAAAAACUGCGCUUAAUAUUUUUAAUCUGUUCAGGCCUUAGCGUAAAUUUGCGGAUUUCCAUUUUUUUUUUCACGAUAGACAUUAUUUCAAUCAAACCUUGAUCCAUAAAAUUAUAUUUUUUUCGAAAUAAAAAAAUAGUUUUUUUGCAAUUAUAAAGACGUAAAAAAACUUUUUAUAAAUUCUUCCUUCUUUUUCUCUUUGAAAUGUUUCUGGAAUCAACUUUAACAAAUAAUAUUUUUUUCAAAUGAGCAUCAAAUUGAAAAAUUCGGUUUGCGGUUCCAGUCAGACCGUUUUUGAGAAGCUGUUUUCUUCAGCAAGUCCCUACCGGAUUGGAGACGAAAAAAAGACGGAGGAUGGCCGGGACAGACUUCUGCGAGUGCAGCCGCCGAAGCCCCAAGUUCCUGUCGAGUCGAUUUCUCACGAAAAAGUCGACAAAUUCUUUGCUGAACGGCCUUCUGAUGACGAGAUGAACGCCUAUUCUCGCGAGGUGGAGAACAGCCGAGUCGGCUCCAUCAACCUGGAUCAAAAGGUUACUUCGAACGCCAAAAAACAAGAUAAUCUUCUAUUAGUAUCGCCCCGAAUCGAAUUGACAGAUAGAGUUUCUGUCAAUAUGUUUUGGAGUUUUUUUCUCUUUCACUUCGAAAAAAAUGAGCUGAAAACAAAGUCAAUUCCAAAAAAAUUAAAAAAAUUGAAAAAUAAAACCUAUUGCAUAAUACCGAUUCAAACAAAAACUACUAACAGCGUUUGAAAAUCUUGUUUUGAGCAGAUUCAUUUUUCCUAGAGCGUCGAGUCGAACGAAGAGGAGGAAAAAGAGCUGCUCCUUUGGCUUGGUCGGGUCUAUCUCCAAGAUUUGGCGAACCAAAUAAGUAAAUUAUUAGCUAUUAUAAGAUUUGGAGUAAAGCUGCAGCCGAAGAAGAAGACAGUUACGAGAAAGAGCAAGACAUCAAGAGCAAAAUCAACGUUGAAAACAGCUUCCAUGUUGAAAACAACGUUAAGCACAUCGAGGUUCAGCUUCUUUGAUUAUUCACUGAAAUCUUUUCAGAUCAACGCCAUCAAAGUCUUGCCGCACCCAAUGUCUCUUCAUCAAGUAACUGAUCUUCCUCUUCUUCCUUUUAUAAUUUAAGAAAAUUCAGGAAAUAGUCGACAAUGGAUUAUCGGCACCGUCUUCCAUUCCGCUAGACACAAUCAACAGUUGGCAAAGUAGAAGAGCUCCCAAAAUGUACAUUAUCAGGCACAAAGACUGUGUAUCUGAACGUGGACCUUACUGAAGCAGUGCUGUUGAUCGGAAUCGUUGCCGCCUUGAUCUACACUUUCCGCAAGGCUUCGUGCAUGAUUUCGUAGUUCAUUCAAACAAAAUUUAAAAACCUGAAAAUGUUCAGAAAGUCGAGGGCUCAGCCAGCUCCUCAGAUGACAACCCUUCCUGCAGGACUCUGUGUCCCAACCAUCUCUGAGAAAAUUAAAACCGACCAGUGA